AUGCAGCCAUUCAACAACCGCGGAGCUUUUCUAGUCCGAGACUCUGAGACCACACCUGGCGACUACUCACUCUCAAUCCGCGACGAAGAGAAGGUCCGUCACUACCGCAUCCGUCGGCUGGACGACGGAGGGUUUUUCGUGACUCGGCGCUGUCAGUUUGAGACAAUACCGGACCUGAUCAAAUUCUACUCCCAGCAGGCAGACGGUCUGUGUAUGGUGCUGGUGAGGCCUUGUCUCGUGUCCGAGAAACCGCAGACUGCAGGGCUGUCCAGACAGGCCAAUGAGGAAUGGGAAAUUGAUAGGCGACAGAUUCGCCUCGUGCGCAAGCUGGGAGCAGGUCAAUUUGGGGAGGUGUGGGAGGGGCUGUGGAACAACACGACGUCGGUGGCAGUGAAGACACUCAAAAUAGGGACCAUGUCUGCCCUGGAGUUCCUGCAGGAGGCCGCUCUCAUGAAGAAACUGCGACACCAGAAACUCAUCCAGCUCUACGCCGUCUGCACCAAAGAGGAGCCCAUUUACAUCAUAACUGAACUCAUGAAACAUGGUAGUCUGCUAGAGUUCCUGCGUGGGGACGGGCGCUCGCUCAAACUUCCUCAACUAGUCGACAUGUCGGCACAGGUGGCUAGCGGGAUGGCGUACCUGGAGGAGCAGAACUACAUCCACCGCGACCUUGCAGCCAGAAACAUCCUCGUUGGGGAUCACAUGAUCUGCAAGGUAGCAGAUUUUGGCCUGGCGCGAAUCAUUGACGAAGACAUCUACGAGGCACACACCGGAGCCAAAUUCCCCAUCAAGUGGACGGCACCUGAAGCUGCUCUCUACAACCGCUUCACCAUCAAAUCUGACGUCUGGUCGUUCGGCAUCGUGCUGUACGAGAUAAUCACGUACGGGCGGUUCCCCUACCCUGGGAUGACAAAUGCCGAGGUACUGGAGAAGAUACAGACGGGGUACCGGAUGGGCUGUCCUCCAAACUCCCCACAGCAGCUGCACAACAUCAUGACCGACUGCUGGCGAGAGGACCCGGCCUCACGCCCCACCUUCGAGACCCUCCAGUGGCAACUGGAGGAAUUCUUCACAACCGAAGAUAGCGCACAAUAUCGCGAUGCCGACAAGCCUACCUUGCCCUCCUAGUAUGCCACACCCACUUUUCUAAAUGCCACACCUUUUAGUGGGAGCGGCACUCACUGCUCGUGUGUCUUGAUUUUUGUAUGCCUUGUGUAGGGUGGGCUCCAAUUAGAACCAUUUGCUAGUAUUAUACAUUAGCGAAACAGUACAGUACACGUGUGAACUUGUGUUUUGUGACCCCCCAACCUUUCGACCGCGACCUUCCCUUGAUCUUGUCGUGUCCGUGGCAAAUAUGUGUAACCACGGCAAUCUCCAUAGCAAUGGAAACACUAGAGCAUAGUUUUUGUGAUUCGAGAUUUUUACUACGAACAAUUUUUUAACACCACUCCGAACUCUUGACAAUGUUAUGUUUGCAUGUAUGAAUAUUUCAGCUAAUUGGUUGUUUUUGUACAUUUUUACUACUAAUAGCCUAUCUUUCUCAAACUACACUUGGUGCUAAAAAGACCUGGACACAGAACAACAAAAACACGAAAGUUUUAUUAUGUGUUAGCAUUGGACGAAGGAGAGGAGAGAGAAAGGAGGGAGUUUGUUUGUAUUGGGAAUGGGAGAGUGAUGUGCGAUAAAGUAUACUAACACACGUCUAGGUUCAGUAUAGUGUGUGGGGGUGGGUGUGGGGUGAAGAGAUAGCCUCAUCUUCAUACGCACAUCUACAAGGAAGGGUACUCAGAACAUUGAAUGUGUUUGCAAUGGAACAUUGGAGAGUUUAUUGCACAAACUACUUGUGUAGUUGAGUUGUUGUCAAUAGGUCCCUUGUGUGUGUGUGUGUAGCAUCUAGUACUUCCUGUCAUUUUCCUCCUAAACUCAGACUGUUUCUUUAUAUAGCCCUGCUAAAUAUAGCCCACAUUCCAGCUGCCUGAGCUAAGAAAGUGGCAGUGUAAACAUUCUGUUGUGAAGCUGGCCCUUGCUGGCAGACCUCUGGCUGGUGGGCGUGGUCAAUGACUAGUGCCCUAUCAAAGCUGGUAACACUGUCUGGACCAGCACCCUAUAUGGUUCUUUGGUAAGAUAAAGAGAGUGGAGGCAGAGAAGCAGCUCAUGCAGACGUUCAACACAUUUGGCUCAUACCUAGUCCGAGAUUCAGAGACAACUCCCGGCGACUUCUCCCUCUCGAUCAGGGACAGAGAGAGAGUCAGGCAUUACCGCAUCAAGCGACUGGAGAACGGUACGUUCUUCGUGACGCGGAGAGUCACGUUCGAGACGAUACAGGACCUAGUCCAGUACUACACCACACAGAGUGACGGGCUGUGCGUCAACCUCGUACAGCCAUGUCUGCUCUCAGAGAAACCGCAGACGGCCGGCCUGUCUCGCCAGGCGAACGAGGAGUGGGAGAUCGACAGACGACAGAUUAGACUGGUUAGGAGGCUGGGAGCAGGUCAAUUUGGGGAGGUGUGGGAGGGGCUGUGGAACAACACGACGUCGGUGGCAGUGAAGACACUCAAACCAGGGACCAUGUCUGUCCUGGAAUUCCUGCAGGAGGCCGCUCUCAUGAAGAAACUGCGACACCAGAAACUCAUCCAGCUCUACGCCGUCUGCACAAAAGAGGAGCCCAUUUAUAUCGUGACAGAGCUAAUGAAACACGGGAGUCUUCUUGAGUAUCUGCGCGGGGAGGGACGUGGGUUGAAACUGCCUCAGCUCAUUGAUAUGUCAGCGCAAGUAGCGGCAGGAAUGGCGUACCUGGAGGAGCAGAACUACAUCCACCGCGACCUUGCAGCCAGAAACAUCCUCGUUGGGGAUCACAUGAUCUGCAAGGUAGCAGAUUUUGGCCUGGCGCGAAUCAUUGACGAAGACAUCUACGAGGCACACACCGGAGCCAAAUUCCCCCAUCAAGUGGACGGCACCCGAAGCUGCUCUCUACAACCGCUUCACCAUCAAAUCUGACGUCUGGUCGUUCGGCAUCGUGCUGUACGAGAUAAUCACGUACGGGCGGUUCCCCUACCCUGGGAUGACAAAUGCACAGGUGUUGGAAGCUCUGCAGCAAGGCUACCGCAUGCCUCGUCCCAUGGGGUGCCCGGACAAGCUCUAUGACGUAAUGUUGGACUGUUGGAAGGAGGAACCAGCCAGUAGACCCACGUUCGAGACUCUGCAGUGGCAGCUCGAGGAGUUCUUCACCACUGAGGGAGAUGGAGGAUAUCGCGAGCCAGAGACCAAUAUUCAGUAGCCUCCACCUCCUCCUAUUUCCCCGCACGCCACUAAUAAUAUCCCACGACUGCUUCACCUUAGUUUCCUCCCUACUUAAUUAUCAACAACAACAUCGAGAUCGUUUUGUGCUCGCUUGUUGGCUUCGGAAAUUGCAUUUCUUACGUAAUGGACCUAGCUACUACCAUGGCAACAGACUGGACUGUUAUAUUAUGAUGUAAUAACUUUAGCACACACCUUUUGUCACACAGUGUAUAAUUAAAAUCAUGCUCAAGGUCGUGUUGAUUGGCCUGCUGGGCAGUAUAUAGACUAUUGAAUUGUGUGUGCAAAUCCUUGUAUGUAUAUUUAAUGUAUGCUACAUGUUUAUCACUUGUUAAUGAUUUGGUCAGAGUAUAUAGUGAAUGUUGGCCUUAAUAAUUAAAUCUGAUUAGAGGUGAUUUGUGAUCCUACCUUUCAACCAUGUCCACAUGCUGGUUUUUGGGACAAGGCAUCGCACAUACUGCCACACCUGCAUA